CGGGGUCACCUUCUGUAGCGUCUCUGCGACGGAGAGGAGCCGCGCGCGCUUCGGACCGCAGAGGAAACAGCGAUUACCCGGUCUUGAGGAAGUUCAGCCCGCUGCCGUCGUCUUCGUUCUCCAGCCAGAUUCACUCCAUCCACAAACAUGUCCGGCUCCUACGAUGAAUCUGCCGCUGCUGAUGAGGCCAUGGACAGUUUUUGGGAGGUGGGGAACUACAAGCGUGCCGUAAAGAGAAUUGACGACGGCCAUCGACUCUGCAACGAUCUCAUGAACUGCCUACAGGAACGUUCCAAGAUUGAGAAGGCAUACAGUCAGCAACUCACUGAGUGGUCCAAGAGAUGGAGACAGCUGAUUGAGAAAGGGCCUCAGUACGGUUCUGUGGAGCGAGCCUGGCUGGCUGUGAUGACGGAGGCGGAUAAAGUGAGCGAGCUCCAUCAGGACGUGAAGAACGGCCUGCUGAACGAGGAUGUAGAGAAGGUAAAGAACUGGCAGAAAGACUCCUACCACAAACAAAUGAUGGGCGGCUUCAAGGAGACCAAAGAGGCAGAAGAAGGUUUCAAGAAAGCCCAGAAACCAUGGGCCAAGAAACUCAAAGAGAUGGAAACAGCUAAGAAGACAUACCACAUGGCCUGUAAGGAGGAGAAACUGGCAGUGUCCCGUGAGGCCAACAGUAAGGCCGAGGCGUCCGUCACUCCGGACCAGCAGAAGAAACUGCACGAGAAAACGGAGAAGUGCAAACAGGACAUGCAGAAGGCUAAGGAGAAGUAUGAGAAGUCUCUGGAGGAGUUGGGGAAAUGUCAGCCACAGUACAUCGAGAGCAUGGAGCAGGUUUUUGAUCAAUGCCAACAGCACGAGGUGAAGAGACUCAACUUCCUCAAAGAGGUUCUUCUGGACAUCAAACGUCACCUCAACCUCACCGAGAACCAAAGCUAUGCGACAGUUUACCGUGAGCUGGAACGCAGCAUCCUCGCCAUCAACUCGCAGGAGGAUCUGAAGUGGUUCAGCAACAACCACGGCCCCGACAUGCACAUGAACUGGCCCCAGUUUGAGGAGUACAAUCCAGACGCCACCAACGCCGUGGCCAAGAGAGAGAAGAAGAAGCCGGAUGGAGCUGCCCCUGCCACGCCCAGUACGGAGCACGGAGGACAGCCAGGAGACCGCGGCAGUGUGAGCAGCUACGAUAAGAACCAGGCGUACUCUACAGAAUGGUCUGAUGAUGAACAGCCAGCUGGAUAUUCAGGAAACGAGACUAACGGUGGCGGGAACUCGUUCGAGGAUGACUCUGGUAGAGGAGGAGUGAGAGUGCGAGCGCUGUACGAUUACGAAGGACAGGAACAAGACGAGCUCAGCUUCAAAGCAGGAGACGAACUGACGAAGAUCGAGGAGGAGGACGAUCAGGGCUGGUGUCGGGGACGUCUGGAUAACGGACGGACGGGAUUGUACCCCGCCAACUACGUGGAGGAAAUCUAAUGACAAAGGAAGACAUACCACUGCAUUAUAACAGCCUGGCGCAGAGCAGAGACUGCAGAGCAACACACACACACACACACACACACACACACACACACUUCCCCAACAAAAUACGCUAAGCAGUCUCGUCUAAAUACAAACAAAAUAACGUCUUAGUAAAGCUAUAAACAUUUAUUCACACAGUAUAUAAAGCUACGGAGUGUGAGGGAGGGAAGAACGUAUACGUUAUAUCCAGAAACAUUUACUGCUAUAAUGUAUAUCAAUAUCACACACACACACACACACACACACACACACACACACACACACACACACACACAACCAUAUGCAAGUUCAGGGAACUAUAUUGAUGUGUGUUUGAUAUGGAAACUGUGCGGCUCACUGCUUUGUGUCUGUCAUAUCGAUAAAAUCAAAACGUUUUGAGGAAAA